CCGACCCCGCCUCUCCCGCAGCCGGGCGGUGCAUGCUCCGGCUAGAAGCGACGUUAGUCGUACGGCCCGGGGUACCUGCGCCCUCUGAGGAACUCUUUGUUCAAUAUCUAGCCACCUAUUCCUACAGACAUGGCAGUGGAAAAGAAAAAAAAGCACUCACUUACAGUGAUUUAUCAAAUACUGCAGAGGAAUCGGAAACUUUUCAGUUUCUUGCAGAUAUAUUACCAAAGAAGAUUUUAGCUAGUAAAUACCUGAAAAUGCUUAAAGAGAAGAGGGACGAGGACGAGGAGGAGAAUGACAGCGAUGAUGGGAGUGCUGGGGACGAAGCAGAAUCCUAGACCAAACAGGAAGUGCCUUAGAAAUCAGCCUGCUGAGGACCCUCCUGGAUUAGCAGCAUUGCUUGGAAGUAAGCACAACACUGUGUGACUUCAGACUCCUCACUUUUCAGAGAUUCAAGUGCAUUGGAUUCCUUCCUAGCUAAGAUAGAGCACCUGAUGUGCCCACACCAUAGAUGGCCAGAAGGAAAGUGACCCAGACAGCAGCCUCUCUCUGAGUGGCCCACGUUGCAGUUCCGGGGGGACACGGGGGCACCAAGAGAACUGCCUGUACACUCAGGCCCUGACUGUUGAUCUGCAGCUGUAAGCUGUAGAGAUGGACAAUUUUGCUUCACUUUUUAAUUUACAGAUAGAUUUUGAAGAGCUUCUAAAGAACAGUUGUGUAAAUUCAUAGAUGUAUAUUUGGAAAUUAGUUCUUGUAAACAACUAGAUGUAGUUUGAGCUAAAUAUAUAGUUUGUGGGUAGUAUGUUACAUGUGAAAAUUUGACGAUUUGUCCAAGUACUGCGAUUUUAUUAACUGUAAAGAAAAAAAUUUCUUUAUUAGAAGCUGUAUGUAGUUUUAUAGUAAAUGCUUUGUGGAAUUAGUUUUAGAGCUCUCUGU